UGCAGUCUCAAAGUGUGGGUGCUUCGUGCUAAAUAUCUCAACCUGACAUAUGGUACCUCACAACUCGCCUGUGUAGAGCUGACAGUGCUGAAAAAACAUUGUAAACGAUAUACUUUCUCUAGGUGUAACGUAGAAGAGACGAAGAGGAGUUCCUUUCCACCAUCUACAUCCAGGACUCCAAGUCAAAGUCCAGCUCAUCUCUCCCAGGUCUCACCAUGUCCAUCGACCCGGCGGCCGAGCUGCCUUUUUUCUACGGCAGCAUCAGUCGCUCAGAUGCCGAGCAGAAUCUGAAGCUGGCUGGGAUGGCAGACGGGCUCUUCUUGCUGCGACAGUGUCUCCGCAGUCUGGGAGGCUACGUCCUGUCUGUUGUGUGGAACCUGGAGUUUCACCAUUACACCAUAGACAAGCAGCUUAAUGGGACUUACUGCAUCCCAGGAGGGAAGCCUCACUGUGGGCCUGCAGAGCUCUGUGAGUUUUACAGCAAAGACCCUGACGGCCUGGUGUGCAUCCUGAGGAAGCCCUGUCUGCGCUCCCCAGAUACACCGAUACGGCCCGGCGUGUUCGACAACCUGAGAGAAAACAUGCUGAGAGAGUACGUGAAGCAUACCUGGAACCUGGAGGGAGAAGCCAUGGAGCAGGCCAUCAUCAGUCAAGCUCCUCAGCUGGAGAAACUGAUCGCCACGACGGCCCACGAGAAGAUGCCUUGGUAUCAUGGCAAAGUCAACCGCCAGGAAGGGGAGAGGCGGCUUUACUCUGGAGCACAACCAGACGGCAAGUUUCUAGUGAGAGACAGAGAGGAGUUGGGUACUUUUGCUCUCUCCAUGAUGUAUGGGAAAACAGUGUACCACUAUCAGAUCCUCCAAGACAAAUCAGGGAAAUACUCCAUGCCAGAGGGAACAAAGUUUGACACAAUCUGGCAGCUGGUUGAGUACCUGAAGAUGAAACCUGAUGGCCUGGUGACUGUUCUCGGGGAGGCAUGUGUUAACGGCAAAGCUGCUGAAAAGACACCCAGUCUUCCAGCAUCAAGGCGGACCGGCGCAAAUGGAUACACACCGCCACCCCGAGCUGUUGCAGCGACUUUGAAGCCAGCUACCACUGUGUCUGUAGACCGUGAGAUUCUGCCGAUGGACUGCGACGGAUUUAACCCGUACCACAACCCGAAUGAAGUGAGGAAGUUUAACAUCAAGAGGACUCAGCUGCUGAUUGAUGAAGUGGAGCUCGGCUCUGGAAACUUUGGCUGCGUCAAGAAAGGAGUCCUCAAGGCUGAAUCGGGCCAGAUCGACGUGGCCAUCAAAGUGCUGAAGAGUGACAAUGAGAAGCUGGUGAAGGAGGAGAUGAUGAGGGAGGCAGAGAUAAUGCACCAGCUGAGCAACCCUUUCAUCGUUCGCAUGCUGGGUCUGUGCAACGCUGAGAACCUGAUGCUGGUCAUGGAGAUGGCCUCUGCCGGACCUCUCAACAAAUUCCUCUCCACCAAGAAGGAUACUGUAACUGUGGAGAACAUUGUCAACCUGAUGCACCAGGUGUCGAUGGGAAUGAAGUAUCUGGAGGAGAAGAACUUUGUGCACAGAGACUUAGCAGCUCGCAACGUCCUGCUCGUCAACCAACAGUUUGCCAAAAUCAGUGACUUUGGGCUCUCCAAGGCCCUGGGAGCAGAUGACAAUUAUUACAAGGCUCGUACUGCAGGUAAAUGGCCGCUGAAGUGGUACGCUCCAGAAUGUAUUAACUUCCACAAAUUCUCCAGUAAAAGUGACGUGUGGAGUUUUGGUAUCACCAUGUGGGAGGCCUUUUCAUACGGAGGGAAACCUUACAAGAAAAUGAAAGGACCAGAUGUGAUGCGUUUCAUUGAUGCUGGGAACCGCAUGGAGUGUCCAACAGUGUGUCCAGAGCGAAUGUAUACAUUAAUGAAAGAAUGCUGGACGUACAAGCAUGAGGAGCGUCCUGACUUCAAGAAGGUUGAGGAGUCCAUGAGGUCUUACCAUUACUCCAUAUCGAGCAAGGCCAAGCCCGAGGGAGCUGAAGUCGCUGCUGAGCCUGUCGAGUAGACAGAAAACAAGGCGCAUUCUGUCCCAGUGCUGCACAAAGCAUCCUUUCAACUGGCCAUUAAACAACCAACACAAAGAGCUUUUUAUAAACGGUGCACACUGACCAGAACAGUACAACUAAACAGGCCUCAGUGACAAUAAAUGUGCAUUUGUAAAUUGGACUUCAGUGUGUCAGCCAUGUAAGGAGGACCUCUGUCUGUUUGUCUGUGUGUCUGUCUGUCGUGGUUUGAAUGUUAAGGGUUGACGUCUUUACAUUAAUGAACAAAGUAAUUUUAUAAUCUGGUAUUUUGAGUGAUGGGACUUUUUGGUACAUGUACAAGUUGUUUUUUCACUGUAUCUGCCACCACCUAAGAGGAUUUUUUUUAAUGCCAUACAAACAAUAAGUAUAAAGAAAGUGAUAGAACUGUACACUUUAAUGUUAUUCUUUCAACAUUCAGGUAAAGUCAGCAAUCGAUCUGAAAAGGCAAUCAUUUCUAUUAACUGAUGACACAUUUGGUGUUACGAAUCCUUCUGAAAAGAACUUGCAGGUUAUAAGUGGAGUUCAUAAUCAUAUAGACCUACUACAUUGACUAUUUGUUUUUUCACUCACUUCACUUCGGUAAAAACUAUAGACUGUGUACAACAAUGUAAUGAUCAUUAAUUACUCGUAUUGCUGACCCACCCAUGCUUACAGAGGGAUGGGCAACAUGUUUCAAAAGGCCCAGAGCAACAUGAGAAUCUGUAACUUUAUUAAGCAUGUAGCAGACAAAUAUGGGGAAUAAUAUCCUAGAAACAUGCCUUGUAUAUAUGUGCAGAGCCCAGCAUCUGGAUCAUCUGCAUUGGAAAAGCUUGUGUAAAGAGGAGGCACAAAACACGACAUCUUAAGGCAGAUUUUAUGCGGUCUUACCUAAAAGAUUAGCAGUGUUUUCUACAUUUUAGAGAGAAAUAUAGACAUUUAUGAUGUUUUUGUAUAGUACUAAAUAAAUAAACAGUAGAAAUUACCAGUAGUUUAAAGGGCAUAAACCAUUAAAGGGUCUAAAAUCUUUAAUACAAAUAUUUCCUUUGGGUUUCCUGUCAGUAAUUAAAACAUGAUGCAUUGUGGUUUAUUGUGACUGUGUUAUAAAAUAAACGAGGUUAGUCAUGCUGCCUCCUGCCAUUCACUGA